UCCUCCCAGCUCAGUCUGACACGGCAACUAAAGGGUUUCCCUCGCUGCAUCCGGCUCCCAAGCCUCACGUCUUUUGCGGACUUGUGUGUGCGACGACGUCAGCCCGGGGGCGCAGCUCUACCGCUCCUCUCCUGCUCUAUGGCUUCAGCCAUGGAAGGACUGUCUUUGAGCGAUGUUGAACAGAAAUAUUAUUCGGAUCUCUUCGCCUACUGUGAUACUGACAGCACCAAGAAGAUUGCCUCCAAUGGGCGGGUGCUGGAGCUUUUCAGGGCUGCUCAGCUUCCCAGUGAAGUGUCCCUUCAGAUAAUGGAACUUUGUGGUGCGACAAGACUUGGCUAUUUUGGAAGAAGCCAAUUCUACAUUGCAUUAAAACUUGUUGCUGUAGCACAGUCUGGUCUGCCAUUGCGAGUUGAAAGUUUAAAUACUGUAAAGGACCUCCCACUACCAAGAUUUCUUGUGCCAAAGAAUGAGCAGGAUUCAAGACAGACAACCUCUCAUGGUUCAGAGGGAGACAACCCUGCUUCUUACUCAGGUGUAAUUCCUCCUCCACCAGGAAGAGUUCAAGUUAAAAAAGGCUCAGUUAGUCAUGAUGUUAUACAAACCCGUGCUCCAGCAGAACAGGACUCCACAUCGCCUGUAGUAUCCCCUCAGCAAUCACCUCCCACCUCUCCACAAUCUUGGAGGAAACACAGCCGACAUGCUAGUGGAGGGAACAACGAACGACCUGUGACUGGAUCUGGGCCUUUCUGGACACCUUACAACGAAGCCCAAACAGGUGGUACAUCUGGUGACACAAUUUGGCCGGCGCAAUCUCCUCUUUCCCAUCAGGAAAAUUGGGUCAGUUUUGCAGAUACCCCACCAAGCAGUGCUCUUUUAGCCAUGCAUCCUGCCUCUGUCCAGGACCAGACAACAGUGCGCACUGUGGCAUCAGCCACCACUACAAAUGAAAUUCGUAGACAGUCCAGUAGCUAUGAUGAUCCCUGGAAGAUUACAGAUGAACAAAGACAGUAUUAUGUAAUUCAGUUCAAAAACAUUCAAACUGACCUGAACGGAUUUAUUCCAGGAUCUGCUGCAAAGGAAUUUUUUACAAAGUCUAAGCUGCCUAUACCCGAACUUUCUCACAUAUGGGAGCUGUCAGACUUUGACAAAGAUGGGGCACUGACGUUGGAUGAGUUUUGUGCUGCAUUUCAUCUCGUAGUGGCAAGGAAGAAUGGCUAUGAUCUCCCUGAAAAGUUGCCUGAAAGCUUAAUGCCGAAAUUAAUAGAUUUAGAUGAUGCUUCAGCUGCUGAUCAGGCAAGUGAUGUAGCAUUUUCAAGUUCCCCUGCUGAAGCUCCUCCAAGCAAAUCUCCCUCAAUGCCAUCUUUAAACCAGACAUGGCCUGAGAUGAAUCAGAACAGUGAGCAGUGGGAGACAUUUAGCGAACGUUCUUCAAGCUCACAAACUCUGACCCAAUUUGAUUCUAACAUUGCACCAGCUGAUCCUGAUACAGCUAUUGUGCAUCCUGUUCCUAUAAGAAUGACUCCAAGCAAAAUCCACAUGCAGGAAAUGGAACUAAAAAGAACUGGAAGUGAUCCUUCAAAUCCUACAAGCCCUCUACAUUCAAAACCUCAAGAACUCUCUGAAGAAAGUAAUUUAAGUUCCUCGGUUAAGUUUGUUUCUGGAAAUCCUGUAGAUGGUUACAGCAGUUCUGACUCCUUCAAUUCUGAUCCUGAGGAAAUUGGGAAUGUGGUUACCAGGCAACGGUCCCAUUCAGGCACUUCUCCAGAUCAUAUAGCACCUCCUCCUCCACCACCAAGACCUCAAGCCUCCCAUUCACGUUCUUCGUCUUUAGAUAUGAACAGGACAUUUACAGGCACUACAGGUCAGCAGCAGACUACAGCAGUUGCACAUCCUCCUGCUGUACCACCGCGACCACUGCCCACACAGACAUCCGGUUCACAUGGGCACCGCUCAGUGGAAUCAGAAGGUCUUGUAGCUCAUCCUAGUACUUCUCCUCAACAAAUUCCAGAGCAGCCAAACUUUGCUGACUUUAGCCAGUUUGAAGCAUUUGCUUCUUGUGCAACAGAAGAACCAUCUGAUGAAUCAGAAAAACAGUCAGACGUACAGGGUGAUAAACUAUCUUCUGAUGCAGUUCGGAGUUCUAAACUAAAUGGGCGUGUUGAAGAAAAAGCAGUUACUACAGCCCCUUCCAACCCAGGAAAGGUGAACACGCCACUUGCACCACCUCCUAAACCUGUUCGUAGAAGACUGAAGUCUGAAGAUGAACUACGACCAGAAACAGAAGAGCCUAACCAGAAGCAAAGUGUUGUAACUACUGUACUACCAUCUCAGCCAUCUAUACCCCGGUCAGCUGGAAAAGAUAAGAAAGCAAUACAGGCUUCAAUUAGACGUAACAAAGAAACAAAUACAGUCCUUGCACGACUUAACAGUGAAUUACAACAGCAGCUAAAGGAUGUUCUCGAGGAGAGAAUUUCUUUGGAAGUUCAACUGGAACAGCUUCGGCCAUUUUCUCACCUUUAAAUUAACAACCGCUAACCAUGAAUACAGCUCUCCUACCCCCGCCAAAAAAAACAAACCAAUAAAAGACAAAACUGUAUCAGAUUCCCUGUGCUAUGCCAUUGUUCAAGCAGUAUAAUGAUGUGCCUAUGUUAUGACUUGUACAUUUGCCAUAUUUAUCAUACCAAUUUAUUCACCAAGUCACUGAACCUUUUUAUUUUUUUUUUAUUAUGGACCUACAUUUGUACAUGUGCUGCCCCUCAUAUUUCCUUUAUCUGUUUUUUUUUUUGUGUGUUUUGUGAACACAGGCCAGACAUUUGUCCUAAUCACCUCAUAAAUGUCAGAAUUGUCUGUCAUUUUUACUCUUUCCUUUUGAGAGGUUACAUGCCUCUUAUACUGUCUUAUAAAGUUAAAUUUAAUUUCUACCAUACUAUAUGGCAGACACCAAAACUAUAAAUCCCCCUGUUCCACCCCUCAAAUAUAGUGAGACUGUAAACGGUAAUUCCCACAUCCUCUCUAUAAGGUUACAGGUACAAAUCAGGAUAAAUCUAAAUGGCUUUGCCAAUUUCUAUUAAUUUAGAGGCUAAGGACAUUAAAACAUGUUUUUUUUCACUUUAGUAAUGUUCCUUCUUGUAUAAAGUUCAAACAGAUUUGCUUUUCUACAAUCAAAAUCAUGCUAUCUUUAUGCAGUUCUUAAGUAGGGACAGCAUUGAUUACCUAAGCUGCGUUUAAUGCAGUAUAUAGAACUACACAAAUUGACUGUGGAACAGUCAACUUGUAAAUUGACACCUUUGGGGAAAAAUGAAUGUAUCCAUUUCCAAAUUUGUACCAUAACAGGUAGUUAAGUUGUUUAAAUACUAGAUAGUUAAUAUUUUUCAUCUUCACGCACUGCACAUUAGAUGUACUAAGCCAUUUUAUUUUAUUAUAUUAAAAUAUUUCACCCCAUGAAUUUGGAAAGAUUUGCACCCCGUAAUGCCACAGACCAUUACGUUUUUCAUAAAAUGUUACUAGGUUUCUGGGUUCAAUACUUUUUAUGGAGGACUUCCUCCUUCGGACGUAUAAAUGGACUUUCCUUACAACAAAGACCUUCCUGAGUGUAUCCUGCUAUUCAGGUUGAUGUACUGUAAUAAGGUUUUGUUCUAUAUUGUAUGAUACACACCUUUUGAUCUCAUAUGUAAAUUUGCAUUGAAAGCUGACUAACAGCAACUAUUGUAUUUAAUAGCUUAUUCUGGCUGUGGGAUCAUAUAUGUUAAAGUGCAUGGAUGUAUCUCAGCAGCAUCAGAACUAGCAAAAGUGUGAUUUUUACACCAAUAAAACGGCACAAUAUUUUAACUUA